CAACGGCUGAUUGCCAGCACUGUUCGCGCUGCAGUCCAGUGCUGCGCAACGCGGUGGGGACAAAAAACAAUGGCGAGGCGAAACUAAAAAAUUGUGUUGCUGACAUCUGGUCGCUUGCAAAACUAUUUCGAGCAGAUUUUGUGAUAUUUAGUUGUGAUCGGUCGAUAAAUCCGCAAGUUUUUUUUUAAUGGAAAGUGCUAGCACAUUGUAGCGGUUGGGAAGACAGCAGGAAAGAUACAUUUUGCACUACAAAACGAAAUUACUACUUCUACAACUAACGGAACUCCUCGUGUAAGCAGUGGGAGUUGCUGUCCAUAAAGCAGUGCCAGGAGAUAUCGCAGGAUAAGCCGGAAGAAAGGAAGAUCGGUAGAGAAAUAUAUAUAUAUACAGCUGGAGUCAAACAGGAAGGAUCGACGCCCAAAUAUGGACAUGAUUACGGUGGGGCAGAGCGUCAAGAUCAAGCGGACGGAUGGCCGCGUCCACAUGGCCGUGGUGGCGGUGAUCAACCAGUCGGGCAAGUGCAUCACAGUCGAAUGGUACGAGCGCGGCGAAACCAAGGGCAAGGAGGUGGAACUGGACGCCAUACUCACUCUCAAUCCCGAGCUGAUGCAGGACACCGUCGAGCAGCACGCCGCCCCGGAGCCCAAGAAGCAGGCCACCGCUCCGAUGAACCUCUCACGUAAUCCCACACAAUCGGCAAUCGGUGGAAAUCUCACCAGCCGAAUGACCAUGGCCGGCAAUAUGCUGAACAAGAUCCAGGAGAGCCAGUCGAUCCCCCAUCCGCUGGGCAACAGCAAUAGCGCCAAUACAAACAGCAACUCUAAUACUACGGCGGUUGGAGGUGGCACCACCACUACGACCACUGGAUUACAGCGUCCACGGUUCUCGCAGACUGCCGUCAGCCAGCAACAGACGAGGAUCGCCUCGGCGGUUCCUAAUAACACAUUACCCAAUCCCAGCGCGGCAGCCAGUGCUGCUCCGGCGACACAGGCAGUCGCUGCUGCGGCCACGACCCAGGGAGCUGGCGGCGCUGGUGCCCGGCGAUCGCACGCUUUGAAGGAGGUAGAGCGACUGAAGGAGAAUCGAGAGAAGCGACGCGCCCGCCAGGCCGAGAUGAAGGAGGAGAAGGUAGCCCUGAUGAACCAGGAUCCGGGCAAUCCCAACUGGGAAACGGCGCAGAUGAUACGCGAAUACCAGAGCACGCUGGAGUUUGUGCCUCUGCUCGAUGGUCAGGCCGUCGAUGACCAUCAGAUCACCGUGUGCGUACGCAAGCGUCCCAUCAGCCGCAAAGAGGUCAACCGCAAGGAAAUCGAUGUCAUCUCGGUGCCGCGCAAGGACAUGCUCAUCGUGCACGAGCCGCGCAGCAAGGUCGACCUCACCAAGUUCCUGGAGAACCACAAGUUUCGCUUCGACUACGCCUUCAACGACACGUGCGACAAUGCCAUGGUAUACAAAUACACAGCCAAGCCGUUGGUGAAAACCAUUUUCGAGGGCGGAAUGGCGACGUGCUUCGCCUACGGCCAGACAGGAUCCGGAAAGACGCACACCAUGGGCGGCGAGUUCAAUGGAAAGGUGCAGGACUGCAAGAACGGCAUCUACGCCAUGGCGGCCAAGGAUGUCUUUGUGACCUUAAAUAUGCCGCGCUACCGCGCCAUGAAUCUAGUCGUUUCGGCCAGUUUCUUUGAGAUUUACAGUGGCAAGGUCUUUGAUCUUCUUGCCGACAAGCAGAAGCUGCGCGUCCUGGAGGACGGCAAACAGCAGGUGCAGGUGGUGGGCCUCACCGAGAAGGUGGUCGAUGGCGUUGAGGAGGUACUGAAGCUAAUCCAGCACGGCAAUGCUGCCCGCACAUCUGGCCAGACGUCGGCCAACUCCAACUCGUCGCGUUCGCACGCCGUCUUCCAGAUUGUGCUGCGGCCGCGGGGCUCCACGAAGAUCCACGGCAAGUUCUCUUUCAUCGAUCUGGCGGGCAAUGAGCGCGGCGUGGACACCUCCUCCGCCGAUCGACAGACGCGCAUGGAGGGCGCCGAGAUCAACAAAUCGCUGCUGGCCCUCAAGGAGUGCAUCCGUGCUUUGGGCAAACAGUCGGCCCACUUGCCCUUCCGUGUCUCCAAACUCACCCAGGUGCUGCGCGACUCGUUCAUUGGCGAGAAGAGCAAAACCUGCAUGAUCGCCAUGAUCUCGCCGGGACUGAGCUCCUGCGAGCACACGCUCAACACGCUGCGCUAUGCGGACCGUGUCAAGGAGCUGGUGGUUAAGGAUAUCGCCGAAAUCGGCCCUGGCGGCGACAGUGAGCCCAUUGAGAUCAUGGACGACGAGGAUGAGGAGGAACUCAAUAUGGUCCAUUCGCACUCCCAUCAGCUGCACCCGAACUCGCAUGCGCCGGCCUCCCAGUCGAACAAUCAGCGUGGUCCGGCCUCCCAUCAUUCGGGCACGGGCAUUCACAACAACAAUAAUAACAACAACAAGAACGGAAACGCCGGCAACAUGGAUCUGGCCAUGCUAAGUUCGCUGAGCGAACACGAGAUGUCCGACGAGCUGAUUGUGCAGCACCAGGCCAUCGACGACCUGCAACAGACGGAGGAGAUGGUGGUGGAGUAUCAUCGCACCGUGAACGCCACACUAGAGACCUUCCUCACCGAGUCGAAGGCGCUGUACAACCUGACCAACUAUGUCGACUACGACCAGGACUCGUACUGCAAGCGGGGCGAGUCGAUGUUCUCGCAGCUGCUAGACAUUGCCAUCCAGUGCCGGGACAUGAUGGCCGAGUACCGCGCCAAGUUGGCCAAGGAGGAGAUGCUCUCGUGCAGCUUCAACUCGCCGAAUGGCAAGCGUUAGUUCCCGCAUCCGAUCCGCACAAUCACCCACCCACCCCCAUUCUUCAUAACGAAUUCCCUCUGGCUACCCAACUUUGUUUACCGAAUGCUAAAUGCACUCUCACCACAGAAUUCAAUUCUUUUGAUUGGGCCCCACUGCGCAGCUCCCUCGCUUCUGGUGGCUUUGUGGACGUCUUGGCAAGGGAGCUUCGUUUGUCCACAUAUAUAUAUAUAAACGUACCGAUCCCCCCUUUCAAGAACCAGACGUGUCUGUUUUGCAGAAAAGACUUGCCAGCCUCCCAUUCCCUGAAGCAAUCUCUCUUCCCUUCCAAGUCGAUGUCGCUGUGAGCUCGGUUUAUUAAGUUUUUAACUAAUAAUUAAUAGUCGGGAGCCUGUUGAACAUAUGUACUUUACGAACUAAGCACGGGAACAGACCAGACUCUACAGCAUUAUUACCAUGAGAGCAACACAAACCAAUAACAACUCACUAAAAACAGGCAGGCCACGACUUUGUUGGAUUCUCCAUGAAUAAUGAUUAUAUGAAUAUUAUUAUAAUUUCAGCGCAGUCGAUACUUUUGUAAAAGAAAAAGACAUUUACUAUACUAUAUUUACUACUUACAUACGUUCUACUCUAUACAUAAUAUGAGAUUCCAUUUAAUUUUUAAUAAUUACCUAUGCAAUCGAAGCGAUUCGAUCCGAUGCGAUGCGAUGCGAUUUGUUACCCUCAUUUUGUCCAUUUUGUUCAAUUGCUCGUCCAGAGUUUGUUCAUGCCACGGCACAAAUCUAAUAGAUUUUAAAGCUACGAACUACGAACUAAUCGCGCAUUGUAUUUAUUUAAAGGCCACAAAACUGUAUUUAAUUUGUAUUAAUUUAUUAAAGUACUACUGAACCAAAUCCGAUUUACAUACGUAUUCCCCAGUAAUUAUAACGAUUUUCUUACGCGACCAAACUGCAAUUUUAGACAGCGAGUGUUUUUUUGAUACUUUUCAUUAUCCUUCCUUCGUUCCCAACAAUAUAUUUAUAUUUAUAUAUAUAUAUUUUACAUUAUAUUUUUUUUGUCAUUUUAAGCAACUUCGAUGAAGAAUUUAAAAUGCAAACUGUCUUUGCUAUACGAUUAUUAUGAUUUAAAGAUGAUUUGCAUUUCAUUUUGUACUAAUAUUUAUUACAUAUAUUUAAUUACGUUUACACGACUAAAAACUAAACUAUCGAAAGCAAAUCAAACGAAACUUAACCAAAUCAUGGAUUUCCACACAAUGCUGCUAGUGCUGCUUUAAAAACAAAAAAAAACAAGCAAAAUACACAGAGAAAAAACAGAAAUCUGUUCCAAAUAGCGGAGAACUUAGUAUCUUAGCCUUAAACAAAAGUAAUAAACAAACUAAACUAAAUCGAAAAGUGAACGAAACAUACUCACGUGCUUCUCCUAAAGUAUUUAUCCAAUCAAGACGUUUAAUCAUUUUGUUAUUGCAUUUCCUCAGAGCACUAUAAAAAUGAAAAUACUACCCAAUCCCAAAGCAGGCGAAUGAUAACCCAUUUUUUAAUCCACCAAAUGCGAGUUUUUAAAACAAUGUUAAUAUGGAAAACCAACUGAAUGAGUGCUUCGAUAUUAUGCGGUAUAAAUAAUGAAAGUGUUAGGACUUGAACUCUAAUAAUGUAUUAUUAAAUUUAAUAAUAAAUUAUAUUGUAAUAAAAAGUGAACAUACACAACUAAAUUUAACAUUAAAGAUGUGUAAAGCAAAA